AUGGCCGGUUUAAUAAGUCAAGCACUAUACAAUUGGAAGGAUACAAACCUUGCACUUUUUGGGUCUGAUGUAGAAAGAGCUGUAAAAAAGGAAUCUGCUGAGAAAGAGCCAGCAUGGGGACCGGUACGGUCGAUUACUUCCCCUACCCUAAUGGUCUGGCGAAUUAAGAAUUUCCAAUUAGAAGUUGUACGAGGUGAAGACAUUGGUAAAUUUUUCCGUGGUGAUUCCUAUAUUGUUUUGAAUAUCGAAAAAGUUGGCAAUGAACUAUUGUAUGAUGUUCACUUUUGGAUUGGACGAGAAAGCACUGCGGAUGAAUAUGGAACAGCAGCUUAUAAAACCGUUGAAUUGGAUACUUUUCUUGAUGAUAAAGCUGUUCAACAUCGAGAAGUCGACGGAUUCGAAUCUGAUUCGUUUAAAAGUUAUUUUAAUCGUUUUGAAACUCUUGCAGGUGGUUAUGCGAGCGGAUUUAAUCAUGUACAACCAAAUGAAUAUAAGCCUCGGCUUUUAGUAUUUCAUUCAAUUGAUCGUAAACACAUGGAAUUACUUGAAGUACCAUUUUCAAGACGUUCUUUGGAUUUUACGGAUGUUUUUAUUUUGGAUAUGGGUACUGUAGCAUACCAGUGGAAUGGACGUGAGUGCAGUAAAGAAGAAAAAUUCAAGGCAAGUCAAUUUUUACAACAACUGGAGUCUGAUCGAAAUGGCCGGUGUAAAACUGAAGUGAUAGAUGAUGAUGGUUCUGAGGAACAUAAAAAGUUCAUUAGUUUAUUGCCAGAUGUUGAAGUAGGCGAAAAAAUUAAACCAAAAAUAGGCAAAAAAGCAAUUUACAGAGUUUCAGAUGAAAGUGGUAAAAUGGAAAUUUCACUUGUAUGCGAAAAUGCCUUACCAAAAUCUUCACUCACAGAAAACGAUGUCUAUUUCAUUGAUAGUGGAAAUUCUCUAUUUGUUUACAUUGGUGUGAAAUGUAGUAGACGAGAAAAAUUAGAUGCAUUGUCGCAUGCACAUGAGUAUUUACAAAAAACCGAUCAUCCAUUCUCUCCAAUCACUGUUGUAUCAAAUAAUCGUCAUUCGAAAGAAUUGGAAAAAGUUCUCGAGUAG